CGAACACAAAUUCACACCCGGAUUCUCAGACAGACCCAAUGGCACGGCUUUCAGGUCUUCAGCGGGAGGUCUUAUCUCUCUACCGCAAAUGCCUAAGAGAAAUCAGAAAGAAGCCUGCUGAAACCAGGGAGAAUUUCAGAGUCUACGCUAGGGCCGAGUUUCAGAAACAGGUGACAGUCAGUAAGAAAGACUUCACUGCGAUAGAGUAUCUGCUACGGAAAGGGCAGCGACAGCUCGAGACGUAUUCUUCACCGGGCAUUCGCAACAUUCGCUAAAAUGCGCAAUGACGGUUAAUCUCGAGAGGUAUCGGGCCCUCUGCCCCCGAAAAGCCCACGCAUUCAAUUAGAGGCAACCAAGAAAAAAAAACGGAGUACGGAUAUUAAAUCACGUGAUCCUUGCAAUCGAACGUCAUGGAAGGUUCAUAUCUCUUAUCUUAUCGACUGG